AGUGUGUCACGAGGCUCGUGCCGUUGUGAAAUAGUGCGUUGCACCGAUACGCGCUCAUAGUCAUUGUUUGCUCUUCUGCCCUGACGGUUCCUCCACCUUCGUGUACCUUCCAUCGCGCGUUGCAUUUCCAAACGUUCAUCGAGUUUCUCGGUUUCGCCAACGGUACGGCUCCGAGUUCGAGCGAACUGUUUCGCGAUCGACGUUGCUCCGAAUCGUCUGAAAAUGCCGCUGGCUCCUUAAUCUCGGGUCGCAUGGGCUAUCUGGCCGUCGCCUUUUUUUCUUCCACCACGUAGCUUUCACAACGCGAAAAGGCAAAGGUCUGUUCAGCGGCGAUCGAAAUGUUUGCUCGCGAUUCUUGAACCGUGCGUCAAAGUCGACCCGGUCUACGUGCAUCGAACGAGGUACCAAGCCGAUCGCGAUUGGACGUUGACUGGAACGUCCAAAAGGAAACGCAGACGAUCCAAAGAUAACACACAGGUCUCGAGCUAGGUAACGAGCGGCAUGGCGAAAGUACCAGGAAUGGUGGAGACUGAGAACGCGGUUGGGAAACAGACUCUAGUGGGCCGUGUAUCCAAUAUGCUCAAAGAUGGAAGCUACAGCGGGCCACCGAUGCUGUUCCGCCACGCGUCGAUGCAGCGAAUCCGCCAUUGUUGCCAGAAUCUGAAUCUCUUCCCUUAUUUGCUCUACUCGUUCGACAAUUCAAAGUCUCACCCCAUAGCUCGCAAGGCGCAUCUGCGCUUCGGUCAGCUUCUGCAGAGUAUCGCGGCGAGGAUCCUCUGUCUGUUCAGGAGCUUCCGGCAGUCGUUGGUCCAGGAGGUUCGUCCCGACGAAUCCCAGACGCAGGAGUCGACGACGCGGGCCAAAGAGACGUGCAAGACGACGCUCAAGUUCCGGUCUGUUGAUCCGCGGAAGCGCAAACAGCACCCGAUCGGGCUGAUCAUAGCCGUUUACUUCGCGCCGAUGCUGCUGAUCUUCCAAUCGAUCGGUCUGUUCAGCGUGAUGGUAUUCGACAAAUACACGCCGGGGUUCAUCUUCCUCAUCGCGGCUCUGCUGAUCUUGGGCGGUAUCUGGCUGAAGAUCCUCUUCCACGAAUCCGUGACGCACAGACCCAAGCACGAUAAAAAAAAAGAUCAGUGAUAACCACGGUGAUUCCUUCUUGACCCCAUCAUCCGUCAUGCUGCGAUCGAAAACUGUUCAUCGAGAAGAUAGCGGACUACAGAAAGUAUUGUGACACUUGGUCUCCCAUUGCAAUUAUCCGCCCGUCGCAUUUAAACACUUAAACAGUGCCGGAUAGAGUUUAUGACUGUCGCGGGGCUAGCUCGUCCGACAGGCCGUGUUCUCACUUGUCCAUCUGCUUCGAUAGGUUUGUAGGGAUCUCUGGUUCGACCCGGUCAGUUUUUGCGAGUUCCGUAAUAUUUGUUCUAUUUUGUUUUUUUUUUGUACAUCGCCAAAUGGACAUGUAAGAAGCGUUAGAGGAUAGGAAACGGUAUGACGUACGACCGUGAACUCGGGUAGAUUUUAAGGAUACCGUACAGCACUUAAAUGCCCGCAUAAUUGUAAUUGUUCUUUAUCUUAAACGUAAUUCUGGGAAUUGCUACUUUCCAGCGCCGUUACGAAUCGAGAGCAAUCGAAGGAAUUGUUUAGAUAACGAUCGCGAAGCACCUUAUCCUCUGCAGCAGAAGACUGAGAACCGUUUUAACUUGUUUGUAUAUAUAAAAAGAAGAAGAGGAGGAAGAAUAAAAAAUAGAAAAAAAAAAAGAUAAAACGCGUUAGGGAAACAUAUAUUAUCUAUAUUACACGGAGUUGCUUGAUCGUUCUUGAGAAGAUUCGGUGCGUCCAUUGAACAAGUUAGGUUGAUCUGUGAUGAAGUGGAUCCGAGUGUAUUUUUCACGGCCACUUGCUAUUCCACUUA